AUGAUGUCUUACCUCAAACAGCCCCCCUAUGGCAUGAAUGGGCUGGGGCUGGCAGGACCUGCAAUGGACCUUCUGCACCCUUCGGUGGGGUAUCCGGCCACUCCUCGGAAACAACGUCGAGAGCGCACCACCUUCACCCGGUCACAGCUGGAUGUUUUGGAGGCACUUUUUGCCAAAACCCGCUACCCAGACAUAUUCAUGAGAGAGGAAGUGGCGCUGAAGAUCAACCUUCCAGAAUCCAGAGUCCAGGUGUGGUUCAAGAACCGCCGCGCCAAGUGCAGGCAGCAGCAGCAGAGCGGCAGCGGCGCCAAGAGCCGGCCCGCCAAGAAGAAGGCCUCCCCGGCGCGGGAGAGCUCCGGCUCGGAGAGCAGCGGGCAGUUCACGCCGCCUGCCGUCUCCAGCUCCGCCUCGUCGUCCUCCUCCAGCUCCAGCUCCUCGGGCCCGGCUGCCGGGGGAGCGGCCCUGAGCAACCCCGCCGGCGGCGCGGGAGCGGGGUCGGCCUCGUCGGCCGCCGCCUCGCUCAGCAGCGCGCCCUCUGCCGUGGCGGCCUCGUCCAUCUGGAGCCCGGCGUCCAUCUCGCCCAGCGCCGUGCCGGAGCCCCUGGCGCCCAGCGGAGCCUCGUGCAUGCAGCGCUCGGUCUCCGGCGCCUCGUCCGCCUCCUACCCGAUGUCCUACGGGCAGGGCGGCGGCUACGGGCAGGGCUACCCCGCGCCGCCGCCGCCGCCGCCCUCGUCGUCCUACUUCAGCGGCGUGGACUGUGGCUCCUACUUGCCCAUGCACGCGCACGCGCACCAGCUCAGCCCCAUGGCGCCCUCCUCCAUGGCCGGCGCGCACCCGCACGCGCACCACCCGCUCAGCCCGGGCUCCGGGCACCACCACCACCAUCACCACCACCACCACCAGCCGGGCUACGGCGGCACCGGGCUGGCCUUCAACUCCUCCGACUGCCUGGACUACAAGGAGCCGGCCCCCGCCGCGGCUUCUUCCUGGAAGCUCAACUUCAACUCCCCAGACUGCCUGGACUACAAGGACCAGGCCUCGUGGCGUUUCCAAGUCCUGUGA